AUGGAAGCUAUCACUUCUGUUCUGCACGCCUACGGAACUGCUCUGAAAGAGCGAAAUGUCAAAGAAACAGUCGCUCUCUAUACUAGCGAUGGCGUAAUAAUGCCUCCCCACUUUAGCGCUAGCGCAGGAACGCAAGCUCUCACUGAGACCUAUGAGCGGAUCUUCAAUAGCAUCCAGCUGACAAUCACCUUUGAUAUCGAUGAGAUUGUGCUGAUGUCGCCGGAAUGGGCUUUCGCAAGAACAACAGCAGAGGGCACAAAGACCAUGCUGCAGACCAAAACACCAGAACCUCAUUCCAACCAAGAGCUGUUUAUUCUGAAGAAGGAGGAUGGGACCUGGAGGAUCGCGCGAUAUGCCUUUUCCACUAUGAAGCCGCUUGUACAGGAUGGAAUUCGACGUAGCUAA